AUGUCGUCGGCUGCCGUGCAGCAGUCGAGCUCGCCUCCACAGCAGCAGUACGCCGCAACCAGCCAGCACGAUCGCUACGGAACAAACCCCGCCGCCCAGCUGGCCUCAUCGCCGCCUUCAUCACGGCGGGCUGCAGCACCGCAGAACAAUGCCUCGCUUCCGAACACGCCGCAACACCCCCAGUUCGCGUCGACCACUUCGCCCCGCAGCCAGCCAAACGCAACGUCGCCGAGCAUGAACUCGUCGACGUAUGCCCCGUUCUAUCCAGACCCGGCAGGUUCGUCGUCAGUUCCAGCACGGCCGGCGUCACAGCAAACACCCACUCAUUCUGCAUAUGAUAAUCGUGGAUACACAUCGCGGCCGUCACAAUCACGAGGGCAGUCAGGGCACGGCAAUGACAGUGACAGCGAGCGUCAACGAAAUCAGCGAUCCCCAAGGGAAGAUGGACGCAGUCGACGCAACGUACCUACGACGAGUAGAUCGGCAACUGCUGUGGGCCAGCCACCCAUGAAUACUGACCUUCCGCGAGAGAACAGUGCCGUUAUCAACCGCAUAGUAGUGGACGAUCCACAGGCAGAUCUGGCUCGCGAAGAAGCUCGAAAGGCGGAAGCUCGACCACACGAUGCAGCGGCACAGAUGGCGGCACUGAACCUGCAAGAUGCUGCUGAAGCUGCACCUGUCCAGAGAAGCAGGCAAGAGCAUCUCAAGCACUCUUCAUCUGCUAGGAAGGAGGUGAAGUUUGGAGACUACAUCUUGGGCCAGACGAUUGGAGAAGGAGAGUUUGGCAAGGUCAAGAUGGGCUGGAAGAAGGACUCUACGGUGCAAGUCGCCAUCAAGCUGAUCCGGAAAGAGAGCCUGGCGGGCAACACGACUCGACUUCCUAAGAUCUACCGAGAGAUCGCUAUUCUUCGCGAACUGCAACACCCGAACAUCGUACGCCUGCACGAAUUCGUCGAGACCGAACGUCACAUGGGUAUUAUAUUGGAAUACGCAUCAGGGGGUGAGCUUUUUGACUACAUCCUCAAUCACAGAUAUUUGAAGGAUCCUGCGGCGAGGCGGUUGUUUGCCCAGCUCGUGUCUGGUGUGGGCUAUCUUCAUAAGAAGGGCAUUGUGCAUCGUGACUUGAAGCUGGAGAAUCUGCUCCUUGACCGGAACAAGCAUAUCAUCAUCACUGACUUCGGAUUCGCCAACACAUUCAACCCUGAAGAUGAGCUGGGUGAAGAGCUGGAGAAUCGAAUCACAGACAAAGACUUCGUGAAGCGGGAAGGACUGGACAAGAUCAUUCCUCACCGGGAUGGCAGAGAUGGCGGCCACAGACGAGGAGAUCUGAUGCAGACCUCGUGCGGCAGUCCAUGCUAUGCAGCCCCUGAGCUUGUCGUUAGUGACGGUCUCUACACUGGCCGUAAGGUCGAUGUUUGGAGUUGCGGUGUAAUCUUGUAUGCUAUGCUUGCUGGAUAUCUGCCAUUCGACGACGACCCCGCUAACCCAGAGGGUGACAACAUCAACCUCCUCUACAAAUACAUCGUCAGCACCCCUCUGACGUUCCCCGAAUAUGUCACACCCCAUGCCCGCGAUUUGUUGCGAAGAAUACUCGUACCCGACCCGCGAAGAAGAGCAGACUUGUUCGAGGUUGCACGGCAUAGCUGGUUGAGCGAAUACACGCAUGUGGUGGGAUUCAUCGGAAGCAGAGUUAAGAGCGAUAAGGACAUUGUUGCUACUGCCUUGUCAGGUGAAGAGGAACCACAACUCGGCAGAAGUGCUUCUGUUCGGGAGCCGACCAAGAUACCAGGAGCAGACAGGUCAUCGAUGCAACAGGUGCCGAAACACGCUCCUGCAGCGAGUAUGGGAGGUGAUGAGGCCAGUGAUGUUCGGAAUAAGCAGCAACGAGAUGCUAAGAGACGGACUGUACAAGUCGAGUACGUUGCACCAUCUGCUCAGACUGCUCGUGGGGAGCGAAGUCCAGAUGCGUCAGCCGGGCCAAAGCAGAUUCCAAUGUCUGCAGGCUCAAGCGCGGGCAGGACAAGGGCGAGAGCAGAAGGAUCUGGCCCAGUCGAAGUCACACCCUCAUCGAGGCCAGACUCGUCAAUGGCGCCACCCCCGUCUCGACCAGGCAGAGACCAGUUCAGAGCUGCUUCAGACUCGGCACAUGCGUUUGGCACAUCGGCUGGAACAUCUGCCUCGAGACCAAACACGAGCGGGACCUUUGGAGGCAACUCUCGACUGCCGUCCCGUGGUAACUCAUACAGCCAGCCAGCCGCUGCCCAGCCAACCAACACCAACGCGCAAGGCUCAUUCUCGCAACCAAAGUCUAGCUCUGGAUACAUCAUUGCCGGUCAAAUGUCGUCUGAGCCUGGUGCUGUCGAUGCGAGCGGGCGUCCAAUGUCUGAGCAGAAUCGGAGUGGCGGUCAACACCCUCAACAACCCUACCCACAGGGCAAGCCGCCUGGUCACCGCAGAAGUAGCACGCUCGGCAGUAUUGUGGACAAGGCACUGAACCGCAGCAACUCCAAGCGUCAAUCACAACAAGACAAUGCACCUACACCAAACGAGAAGAGAGACCGUCGAUACCCACCAGUCAGCAUGAAGAACGCCCUUCCAUCAGGCGGUGACGAGAAUGCACCACGGCCUUCGUCAGACAGCCGACGGCCCAGUUUUGGGUUCAGUCGCAAGGCGUCCAAGGAGCGCGACUCCAGCGUGCAAGGACGCCGAGGAUCUAGACGAUUCUCGUGGUUACCGGCCAGCUUCAGUAUGGGCAGUUUCUCUGGCAAGAAGGAUCAGGGUUAUGAAUCUGGUGACGACGGCUAUCGACCGCCCAGGGAUCCUUACCAACAACCGCCGAUGUCGCAACAAUCGCAGCAGUCACGCAUGGGCAGCAGACCUCAGAGCAAAGGCAUGGCGUUUGGCCGUGGCACAUCUGAGAAUGCCAGCGACGAGACUACCGGUAGCACCAUCCCGCUGUACUACGAGGCUGAUCGAGAGCGGGCCCGUGAGCAACGUCGACAACAGUCUCAGUACGACAAGGCCUUGCCACCAUCUCCUGGCGGCGACCAAGCUCUCGGUAGCGCGCAGCGACCUGCACAAGGUCAAUAUAGCCCGCCUUCAGUGCAACGUAGGCAGUUCAGGGAUGACGGCUAUGGCUCGAACCGUCUAGACAGCGCAGGCCAGCCGCAGCAGGACCCUGUCGAGCGGUUCUACACCCCAAGCCAAGAGCCUGAGCUGGCGGCAUCAUCUUCCGGACAGUACAAUCUCGGCGAUCACGGUCAAUGGGAGCAGUAUGACCAGCCACAAGGCCAGCUUCGACCGCAACAGAGGAAGUUCGGUUAUGAAGAUCGAGGCCAUGCUGGCAGUUCGAGCGCGACACGACGGGUGAUGAACUUCUUCAGAAGACGUGCCGACAGGAGCGAUGCCUAG